AGAACCAGUUUUUUAAAGUGAGUUCUUCUUUUGUUAAGCACUACUUUAGGUGAGAGCGUUUCGACUUUUUUGUUUUCUCAGAGACGAACAUCUGCUGCCUUCAUGACCCAACAAGCAAGUUAGUUAAUGGACCAAUCGUUGACGAAAUUUGUACCUGGAAAAUCACAUCUCCAAGUUGGAUCUCUAGAGGUCCAAAUGUUUUCCACCACUGCAGUUGCCAAGAAGCUCCAGCAGGAAGUCUGACCUUCGUGCGUCUCUGUUGGGGAGCCGGACUGCAGAGGAAGUUGUCAUCUGUGCACCUGCUCCACCCCAUGUGCAAAUCUAGAUGCAUGCACGGAAGUCAGCUUUCACUGCAAGAGCACGCAAGCGUUUAGCUGAUGUGCCAGUUGGUGUGUUGAGUUUUGUCUGCCGGUCCCGGGCUGUUCUUCCUGUCAGGGAGCUGUAGCAGCAAUGUCGGAGCUCAGAUGAAGUUAGGCUGCUUUCAGGGGUAAAAUUCAUCAAGGAUCUGAGAGCCAGAAAAGGAGCGUUGAGCCAACUAGUGUGCUUUGUGCUGGGCAAAACCAGGGAUGGGUACGCUCCCAAACGAGAUCCGGAGACUCUUGGAUGAUUGCGAGUUGUUUGUGGCGGAGAUCCUGCAGGAUGAGAACCUAAGUGAAAACGCCGAAGAGACGCGGCAGGUCCUGCUGAACAACUUCAGGGUUGCUCACAUACGGAAUCCUCAGGAGUUCCCAACAAGACCUGAAUACAGGGAAGAAGAGGGUUCUGAUGACAACCACAGUUCCAGUCUGGGUCGUUCUGCUCCUUCAGACGACGCCUCGGUGUCAGACUACCAGGACGAGGGAGUCCCUGAGUAUUUAGGAGAUAUCCCCCCAGUUGGAGCCCAGGACCUGAGCAACAUCCUAAAGCAAGGCUACCUGGAGAAGAAACGAAAGGAUCACAGCUUCUUCGGACCAGAGUGGCAGAAGAGGUGGUGUGUCCUCAACAACUCUGUAUUUUACUACUUUGGGAGUGAAAAAGAUAAACAGCAGAAAGGUUCAUUUUAUAUCGGCGACUACACCGUGCAGCUGGCGAGCAACCUGAGGAAAGACUCCAAAAAAAAAUCCUGUUUUGAGUUCACCGCUCCCGGACGACGGGCCUUCCAGUUCACAGCCAGCAGCCCUCAAGACGCCCGCGAGUGGGUGGACCAAAUAAAUUUUGUUCUGAAGGAUCUCAGCUCCAACGUGAUCCCCGUGGAUGACGAUGAGUAUGAGGAGGAGUACGACGACAUCGAGGGCUUGGCCAGCCCGCCACCUCCAACCCAAGCCCUGCUGGCCAGAAGGCAAGAGACUCAGGAGCAGGAAGAGGAUGACGAGGACAUCUACGAGAAGCUGCCAAGUGAAGAGUUUGAAGUCGAAGAGGAUGAGACUGCAGAGAAGAACAGCCAAUCAGCCCCGUCGUCAGAAUACGCUAACUACUACCAGGGUUUGUGGGACUGCCAGGCCGACGAGGGGGAUGAGCUGGACUUUAAGAGAGGAGAUCUCAUCUACAUCAUCAGCAAGGAGUACAACAUCCACGGCUGGUGGGUCGGCGAACUGAACGGCACCGUGGGCAUCGUCCCCAAGGACUUCCUGCAGCCCGCCUACAUCCUCUGAGCUCCAACAGCGCUGUCAUCGACACAUCCAGACAUAACUCCACCGACUGACACUGACGCCAUUUUUCUCCACCCCUACUUUUUACGAUGCAGAUCCUUUGUGUUUGUGCGUGGCAGCACACGCUCCUCUACACGACAGUCCCCCUUUUUAUAUGUCUGCUUUGAUGGGGAAACCAGAACUAUCACUCUGGAUGUAUUAUUCCAGAAGUUGCUGAUGCAAACUGAAAGUAAAUGUUUACGUAGGCUGAGACGUUUAUCAAGUAUCAGAAUAAGCGCCGCAUGUAAUCUUACAGGUGAUUUCGAUUACCUAAACUUUUAACAGUAAGCAGAGAUGUAUGUGUGUCAUAAAUAUUUUAAAUAAAGCACCAAAGUUUCUUAAAUGAAAA